AUAAAAAAUUAUGUACUAGAUAAAUCGUAAAAUCGUAAUUUACAAUGUUUUAAAUUAAAAAACUACGUACAAUGGUGGUCACGCCAAUGAAGAUUUAGGUGGAGACCUCGAGGGAGCCCUGUAAACACAUGCGGCGCUAUGACUACAAUCUCGGCAGCUAGCGUGCCAGCAGUGAAGACUACGUCGAUUUAAGAUACCGAAGAACAAUGUGGCCACGCUUUCUUGGCCGACGUAUACUCUACAUUACCAUCACAUUACUUGCCGUAGUAUUUUUAGUAACGAAUUUACUUAAGCAUGGCGGUCUUAGCGCCCUACAUGCGGAUAAUGUGCUCACCGUUCAGCGCACACGUCCGCUCAUUUGGCGCACACUUCAGGAACACCUACUGCCUGACGAACCACAAAAUCGCACCAACGAUCCAGAUAUGCGUUGCCGCAACUCUGUGCAGGGACGCGAUUUGCUCGUCGAUGAUCGCGGCUUUCUCUGCCGUCGCGAACAUCUACUACUGCCCAGUAAUUGCUGUGAUGUGGAAGUGUCCGAAACAAAAUAUUACACAUGCGACACAUGCAAUGCAACGACACAUUGCUGUGAUAUGUAUGAAUAUUGUGUAUCUUGCUGCCUGCACCCGGCAAAGCGUACAUUGCUGGAGCUAGUCUUGCGCACAAUUACUGGACGGCAGGCAGCUGUAUAUGCCCAUGUAGAGGAUCAUUUCGAGUUGUGUUUAGUUAAGUGCCGCACCAACUCGCACUCUGUAGCCCAUGAAAACAAAUACCGCGAUGGGCUGCCCAAAUAUUGUUACGGGCAGACAGAAGCCCAUGAAUCGCAACGUGAAGUAUCAGGUAGUAUGGCACGAUGAUUGUACUGCUCCCAUUUACCCGGAGUAAAUAUGGUGGCGAAUGGGAGAUAGAAAAAUACAUUUCUAGUAGUGCGUAGUAAUUAUUUACAAUGACUGCACCCAGCUGUUCAAGUCAACUUCGUAAGAUUAUAUGAAGUAUGCAACGAACGCUUAAUUCUAUAUUAAAUACGUUUAUAUAUAAUUAAAAUGUUACCGAAUGUUAAAAUGCGACAUGGUGAACGUGCCGCUGCUGCUGAUACAUUUAUUUUAACAUUUGAGUGCUAGUGCUAGUUUCAUAUUCGAUAUCCUGUGCGAAUAAAAAUGAUUGUAACGUAUUUAAAUCUUAAUAUAAGUGUAAGCUUGUAGACGUGUUUCAAACUUUGGUUAAUAACAAAAUUACUCAUUAGCAGCUGAAAAUUUAACUGGCUUUGGGGGUUUAAAAACAAAAAUACCAUGACACAACAAUUUUAAGUAUUAAAUUAGAAUUUAGUUAGCACUAAUUUUAAUUUUAUAUCUUUUAAAUUAAGGUCUUGGUACAAGUAUAGAUAUAAGAUUGUUAGGUAUGAUAUGUUUUGAAGUAAUACUCUUUUUGCUUUAGUUAAGCAAAAGUAAAAUGUAACAUUAAUUACAUUAAUAAAUUAAAACGUAGUUUUUUCACAUUA